AGGAGGGACCCGAUUGCCCGAACUGCCCGGCCCUGUGGGCUCCGGACCCUGCCCCUGGGUUGUGCACUUGCUUGCACUUGGCCGCGGCCCUGGGCGGUCGCUGCAGGUUGUCCUCCGCGGGACCCGGGCUGCUGGAUGUCCCGGCGGCGUGGGCCGAGAUGAUCCUCGAGGAGAGCCCAGACGGCGAGGGAGAAGGCGACGAUGGCUUCUUGCUUCAGCCUGCGGACGAGGGUAGCGUCCGAAAGGGCUGUAGCCCCCUGGUCCAGACCCAGAGGAGCCGCCUGCAGAACCACCGGGCCAGGAUCAACCAGCAGAUCAACAAGGAAAUGAGGAUGCGCACAGGGGCAGAGAACCUCUUCAAAGCUACCACCAACCACCGAGUGAAGGAGACCGUCGCCCUGGAACUGAGCUAUGUGAAUUCCAACCUGCAGCUGCUGAAGGAGGAGCUGCAGGAGCUGAACAGCAGUGUGGACGUGUACCAGAACGAGAGCGAAGGCAUCUGCGUCCCCAUGAUCCCACUGGGGCUGAAGGAGACCAAAGACUUGGAUCUGGCCACACCCCUGAGGGAGAUGAUCUCAGAACACUAUGGCGAGGACAGCACCUCCUAUGACGUGGAGAUCAAGAAGCUUAUGGACCUGAGACAGGCCAUUCGAACCCCUAGCAGGAAUGAGGUGGGUCUGGACCUCCUCAUGGAAUACUAUAACCAGCUCUAUUUCCUGGACAUCCGCUUCUUUUCUCCCAAGAGAAACCUUGGAGUCCUCUUCCACUGGUAUGACUCCCUCACUGGGGUCCCCUCCCACCAGAGGACACUGGCUUUUGAGAAGGGGAGUGUCCUUUUUAACAUUGGUGCCCUUUAUACCCAGAUUGGGGCCCGGCAGGACCGGGGCACCAGGAUAGGCAUUGACUGUGCCAUCGAGGCCUUCCAGAGAGCGGCAGGUGCCUUUAACUACCUGAAGGAAAACUUCUCUAAUGCUCCAAGCCUGGACAUGAGUGUGGCCUCUCUGUGCAUGUUGGUUCGGCUCAUGACCGCCCAGGUCCAGGAGUGCGUCUUUGAGCAGCUUACCCUGUCCGGGACACCCCGAGAACCUCUCUCCCAGAUGAGACUUGCCCAGGAAGCAGCCCGGGUGGAGGACGUGUACUCCCUUGUGUACCAGACCAUGGUCCAGCCGCCUGUCAGAGACUACGUGCCCUUCUCCUGGACCACCAUGGUGAAUGUCAAAGCCAAACACUUCCGAGGCCUGUCCCACUACUAUGCUGCGAUUGCCCUCUGUGAUGGGCCCUCUGUAGCAGACUCCGAGAUUCCCAAAUAUGAGAAAGCUUUUCUCCAGUUCCACGUUACGGUGCCUGAGGGCCCUUCGCUGCCUGUCCUCCUUCAGGACUCAGAGGAGCGGAGAAGACUCGCGAAGGCGCACCUGCGGAAGGCCAUGAUGAAUCAUGAGGAAGCCCUGCGUCUCCAUGCGGUCUGCCGCAUCCUUCGAAAGAUGGACCUGCUGCAGGAAGUCGUGUCCCUGGCUCACAGGCGCUCCCUGGCCAAGUACUCAGAGAUUGACCACGAGGAUGACUUCUUUGAGACUGCUGAAGCCCCUGACGUCCACCCCAAGACCCACCAGAAGCCAGAGAUAAAGACACCCAGCUUCUCCCAGGUGAAGGUGACAGACAUCUUUCACCGCUUGGGGCCCCUGUCCGUGUUCUCUGCCAAGAACCAGUGGUGGCUGAAGGGGCCCAUACACCUGACUCGAGGCGAAGGAGGCUUUGGAUUCACUCUCAGGGGAGAUUCCCCUGUUCUCAUUGCAGCUGUAAUUCCGGGGGGCCGGGCUGAGGCAGCUGGACUGAAGGAGGGUGAUUACAUUGUCUCCGUGAAUGGGGAGCCCUGCAAGUGGGGGAAGCACUCCGAGGUGGUGGCCCUGCUAACGGGCGUGGGAGAGGAAGGUGUGGACAUUGAGGUGGUCACACCCCAGCGAGAAGAGCCGCUUGGCCUGGUGGAUAAGAAGGUGACUACCUUGUCCUCUGUUGGGCUCUCUCGCAGUGACAAGGAAAAUGGCGGACAGGUCACGCUGCCCGGGGCUUUCCUUGGCUGGAACAAGAAGGCUAAGCGGGGCCAGGGCCUGAAGCAGCUCCAACCUUUCUCCCCAUCGACAGACAACACACCAGCUUCCCGCUGAGGCACCUGCCCUGGGACAUCUUCCUUGGCCCUCUCUAAAGGGCUGGUGAACUAGGCCAGAAGCACCCCUUGUCCUGACUUGGGAACCUCUAAGAGGCAGCUAGCCUCUGGCUAGUUAUGGGAAUGGGGCCUGAGGGUUUAUUUUCCUUUUGGCUUAAGCAGGCCCUGCAGAAACUCAGGGCUGUGGGUGGAUGGCUCAGGAGGCCUUCGCAGCUCCAUUUCUACCUCUCCAGAGUUUGGGGGGGGGGUGGGAAGAGGUCCCAGGAUCUUUUCCUCUAAACCUUGUAAACUUUAAAGCACUAGAGAAAUGAGCCCUGUUCUUACUAUUCUCCUGAGACUUGGUGAUAUAGUAGAGCUAACACUCGCACUUGUAGCCAGCAGGCCUGGAUUCAAAUCCUGGCUAUGCCACUCAAUAGUUGUGUGACCUUGAGUAAGUCACUUCCCCUACUCAGGCCUCAGUUUCCUUAAGUACUAUAGAAAUGAAAAGGGCUGACCCCAUUGGACUGGAUUGGUGAGAGCUCAUAUUUCUGUAGCAUAUUAAAAUGUACAAAGCACUUUCCUGAGAAGGGAGUCCUAGGAUUAUUAUCUGUGUUAUACAGAAGGAAAACUGGGGCCAAGGGAGAAGUUACUUGCCUAGGGUUGUCCAACCAGUUACAAAAAUGAGACGCUGGUCUUCUGAUUCCAAGUCCAGGGUCCGAGCUCCUGCCCUGAGGUGCUCAUGUCUGGGACCAGACAGGCCACAGCUGUGGGGGCUUCUGCCCCAAAGCCGCGGUCCUCCUCAGGAAGGAGAGUCCUCUUCCCCCUCCCCCUCUUCCCCCUCCCCCUCUUCC